GGAACCUAUAUGUUUACAGCUUCAAAACUGUGAAGUUUCUACACUGAGCUCAGCUUUCUGAAAGUGUCUCCAGACAGAAUGCAGGCUUGUGAAGUCGCUGCACUGAUAUUGCUGACUGUAGUGAGCUGCUCCAGACAGUAUGAAGAGCUGCCCCAGACUACACUCACCCUGGAGCCUCCAUUCCCAGAGAUAUUCACCGGGGAGACAGUCACUCUGAGGUGUGGGGUUGAGGGGGGUUCUGCUGGCUGGAAAUAUCUCUGGUACAAAGACAGUGAGGACUCUCCAGUGCUCCAGACUGCUGGCUGCAGUAUAACUGGUGACAGCUACACAAUAACUGCAGCUGCUGUAUCUGACCAGGGCCAGUACUGCUGUCGAGGACAAAGAGGAGAUCAGCCACUCUACUCACAGCUCAGUGAUCCUGUGACAGUAACUGUGUCUGAGGGCUAUCCCAAGGCUGUCCUGACCCUGAAGCCUGCCUGGGCACAGAUAUUCACAGGAGAGACAGUCACCCUGAGCUGUGAGGUGGAGGGGGGCUUUGCUGACUGGAGGUUUAAACAGUACAGAGAUGGGCGUGAAGAGGCAGGGUGCAGUAAGCAAUACAGCAGUAGAUAUGGAGACAGCUGCACAAUCAGUAAAGCUCGGCAUCACCACAGUGGAGUGUCCUGGUGUGAAUCUGCAUCAGGACAGGAGCGCAGUAAUGCUGUCAACCUAACUGUGUCCAAUCAAUGGGUGAUCCUGCAGACUCCUUCCCAGCCUGUGUUUGAGGGAGACACUCUGACUCUGCGUUGUUUUAUCCGCAAUGGUUAUAAAGCUACCAGGUUAAUAUUUUAUAAAGAUAAUAACCAGUUACAGUUCAGGGCUGGCACAGCACAGAGUGUGGAUCGUGUUUCAAAGAGUGAUGAGGGGUCCUACAAGUGCAGAGCAUGGUGGAGGAACACCGCUUCCAGGACUGAACCUUGGCGUGUCUCUGCAGAGGUGCGGGUGUCAGUGAGAGAGCUGUUCAGCACACCCACUCUGACAGUGCUACCUGGUGCCUCAGUGUGGGAGGGAGAGGCUGUGACUCUGCAGUGUGGGGCUCACAUAAAUAAACAGGACACACAGCUGCAGUACCGCUAUAGCAAAGACAAUGGGACUGUGAGAGGAGCGGGAUCACAGGAUCAGCACUCAAUCCCAGCGGCAGGGCUGAGAGACACAGGGAGAUACCAGUGUGAGGUGGAGGCAGCAGGGACGGGGCUGAAGAAAAGGAGUGCUUCUGUGUCACUGACUGUGAGAGCUCUGUUCUCCAGGGUGACUCUGACAGCAUCUCCAGGAGCCACAGUGAAGGAGGGAGAGGCUCUUAACCUGACCUGUGAGGCAGCAGUGAACAAAACCCCCCGCCCUGAACUCCACUACACCAUUGUGAGAGACGGGGAGCCUGUGACUAACAGCACUGACUCUGCACUGUACAGCAUAGCCAGCACUGAGAAGAGCCACACUGGGAGCUACACGUGUGCUGUGGAGUCACAGGGAGUGAGGAAGAGCAGCCAGGAGCUACACAUUGAACUGCAAACGUCCUGGCACAGCGCUGUUGCUAUUGGCUACAGAGUGAGCUUCACUCUGAUUCAUUUCAUUGUGUUCACUCUGCUGCUCCUUCAAUACUGCAGGAUCCAAGGUUCCCCGUGUCUCGCUGGUGGUAAGUCAAGGAAAACCUCGGAUCAGGAUCAGGAGCAGUCAGCAGAGGGGAUUGAGCUCUCCAGCCGUGUGCAGCACACUGGAGUGGAACUGGAAUAGAGCUGCAUUACCAUAGACUGGAGUGGAACUGGAAUAGUGCUGCAUUACCAUAGACUGGAGUGGAACUGGAAUAGUGCUGCAUUACCAGAGACUGGAGUGGAACUGGAA